GUUCUUAGGAUGACUGCGACGCCGUUUGUGCAUACUACCUAUCUUUUAUCUAUUUAUUACGCCGUUUUACCUCUUAUUUAUUCUAUGUAUCGUCAUCUUUUUCUAUUUCAAUAUUUCUGUCUAUCGAACGUAUGAACAGCACAGCAAACAAGCCUGUCAUGAAAAGGCAGUACAAGUAGUAGGGGAGCUUUCUGAUACAGUUCAGAAGUUCUAAACCCAUUCGAGCUGCGCGAGGCGAUAAUAUUUUCUCCUAACUUCGAGUACUUAUGUACAAAUACAUGCAUACGUCAUGUUCAUGGAUUGAGUUAGGUCAAAAAAUACUGCACUCUAUAAACUAAAAAUGAUGAAAGUAUGACAUUUAUAAAUAUAUAAAUAAAUUCACUGAAGAAAAAAAUUUUUUAUAAGAAGAUCAAUAAACAAAAGACACCAUGUCGAAAGAAAUUAAUUUACCAAAAGUCCCAAAAGAUCUGUGUUUCACAGAUCUUGAUUUCAUUCAGCCAAAUUUUAAUGUGGAUACUUUUCUACAAGAACACAGAAAAAAUUCAAAGCUGGAAACAAUGCGAGAUGAUUUGGGAAUAUAUUUGAAAUUAUUAAGGUCUGCUAUGAUCGAUUUAAUCAAUAGAGAUUAUACAGAUUUUGUUAAUUUAUCAAGUAAUCUCAUUGGUUUGGAUAAAGCUAUUAAUAAUUUGCAAACACCGUUGGGUCAAUUGAAGGAAGAAGUAAUGCAAAUACGACAGACUUUAGAUGAUGAAAUUACUGUAAUCUCAAAUAACAUGAAUGAUAGUAAAAAAAUUAGAGAGUACAAGAAAAGUAUAUUUAGUUUGCAGCAUAUUUACAACUCUUCAAAUAAAUUAUCCAAAAUCUUAUGUUUGAAUACAUUUCUUGAAAGUUCUGUUAAAAUAGACAUUUUGGAACAAGCUGCAGCAGAAUUCAGUCAAUUACAAUUUUACCUGUCUAGAUGCAAAUUGGAUACUAUCAACGACAAACAAAAAGAGUGUGAAAAACUUGAACAAUUGUACAUGAAAUAUCUCAAUGAGUUUUUCUUAGCAUGUGUGCAAGAAAAAAAUUCUACCUUUUUAAUUCGAUGUUUAAGAAUUUACAUUAUGCUUGAUAAAAUUAGUAAUGCAGAAAAUUUAAUAAGAAAUGAAGUUGUCAGUCCAUUGGUUCAUAACGCAAUUAAUAUAGAAAAUUUACAAACCAAUUUACUUGGCCUACAAAAUAUUUAUAAUAUGCUGUUGAAUAUUUUGAAUGUAGAACUCAAGCAACUUUUAGAUAUCACACUAUAUCCUGAUAGAUAUUCUGUGAAAGGUUUCAAUUUUUUGGUAAACAGUUUUUGGGUUGAUGUGGAAGAAAAGAUUGAGCAAUACAUUAAAUGUAUUUUUGCUCCUGGAGAUCCAAUAUUAUUUCAUUCGAGAUACAUAGCAACUUUGGAGUUCUUAGAAAAAUUGGAAGCAGAGUGUGUUACAACUGAAUCUUUAGCAGCAUUAAAAGCAAAUUCACAAUACAAACACUUCUUAAAAAAGUGGAAUUUGCCAGUCUAUUUUCAAAUACGAUUUCAAGAAAUAACCAGUGCAAUUGAAGCGGUAUUAACCGAACCAAUAUCACCAUCAUGUGUGAAAGGAACAUUGGAAACCCUUGCACAAAAUGAUUUUUCUCUUCAUGCAACCACUAUUACAUGGGACAAUCUACAAAAAAUUUGGUCUAAUGACAUAUAUUUGUAUCAGCUAUUCCAUCGAUUUUGGAAAUUCAGUCUUCAGAUAUGUGCCAGAUAUCAAACAUGGAUUCAAGAAGCACUUAAAGAAGUAUGGACAAUAGAAAGCGAAACAAAUAAUUUAAACAAAGCAGAACAUUCCACGAGAUUGAACUUUCUUAUUUGUUUGUACAAAGAUGUACAAAAAUUUAUAGCCAGACUUCCGUCUUGUUUAGAGAUCACCCAAUCAAAACUUAAACAGGGAACCCCAAGAGUAUUGAAAUUAUUAGAAGAUUCUCUCAACGAAACAAUAAAUAAUUUAAGAACUAUUUUGCCACAAAUCACAGAAGAAAUUGUGAAUGAACUUUUGAAACAAGGUAUAGUACAUUUAAAACAAGUCAGUGAUAUACCAAGAUUGUUUAGACGUACGAAAAGGGAUAUACCAACGAAACCAUGUGCUUAUGUGAAGAAUAGUCUUACAUUUCUCAUAAAUUUCCAUGCGGAAUAUAAAAAUGUGAUAUUAGAUGACGUUAAUCAUUGGUUGGAAUUAGCUCUUUCAUCAUUAACUGAACAUUAUUUAGCUUCUGUAACAGAUGUUUUAACUUCGGUACAAAAAACUGAAGAAAGCUUGAGGAGAUUGAAAAAAAUUCGUGACAAAUCGACCGGUUCCUUUUCUUCUGAAGUCCAGGGAAUCAGCGACGACGAAAAAAUACGCAUUCAAUUACAAGUUGACGUACAAGCUUACGCUAAUAUGGUGAAAAAUUUUAUGAAACUAUCAACUCCUUACCAUGGAAAGUUCGUUCAACUUAUUUCAGAUUACACAAAUGCAAAUUUCAACUUCAAACGUGAUUCAUGUGGAUGAAUUACUGCACGCUGUUGAAGCAAUUAUCAAAAGAUAAUGUUUUUUCUUUGUUUUUAAAUGGUCUACUCAAGCAUGUAAGUGUACAUAUAUAUUUUCUAAACUACAUUUGUAAUAAAACAUUAUCGUAUCUUUUAAUGUUGAA